CCCAGGCUGCCUGUGGUGCAAGCACGAUCCAACCACAGCCAUGUGCAUUCGCGGCAUGGCGGGGCUCAUCUUCUUCUCACACUUCUUCUGGGGGAUCAUCCCCAUGCUCACCUCCCUCUCUCAUUCCCACCCUUCCAAGUUCCAUCCGCCCUCCAACCGCUUGCCCCAUGUCAUCCCAGGUUGCUCUGGUACAAGCGCGAUCCAACCACAGCCGAGGGCAUUCGCGAUAUGGCGGGGCUCAUCUUCUUCUCACAGUUCUUCUGGGGGCUCAUCCCCAUGCUCACCUCCGUCAUCACCUUCCUGGAGGACCGCAAGUCAGUCCAAAAAGAGCAAGAGGACGGAGUGUAUCAUAUCUCCGCGUACUACGCCGCCCGGACGCUGCUCAGCCUGCCGUACGAGAUCCUGCCGCCCGUCUUCUACAGCUGCAUCGUCUAUUGGAUGACCGGGCUCAACCCGUCGGGCGGCCGGUUCGUCUUAUUCACUUUAGUGCUUGUACUCGAUACAAUGGUGGCAUCAUCUAUAGGCAUGGCGGUGGGGACUGCGACGUCUACAGUGAAACAGGCGAUUUCGAUUGCGGCUAUUCUGCAGCUGCUGUCGGUUAUGGUGGUGCAUUUCUUAUCUCUCAAUCCCCCGGCGUGGGUGGGGUGGACGCAGUACCUCUCUUUCUCAACCUAUGUUAACAAGUUGCUAAUGCGGAUCAACUUUGAUUCUGCCGAAUCGUUCACUGGCAACUGUAGCGCUUCCAACACGAGCAGCAGCACCGCAGCCAACACGUGCUCGUGUGCCGCUACUCUUGAGCUAUCGGGCCUGAGGAAUCCGUUACCGGGGAGUGGGUGGCUGGAAGCGUGCAUCCUCGUUGCCAUGCUCAUCUUCUUCCGCUUGCUUGCUCUGCUUAUAGUGAAGCUCCGGUUGCAGUCGUGGCGGUGGCAUCGCAAUGGCCGCACUUGAGGAUAGGAGGAUAUGUAGUUGCAUGUCUAUGGUAUAAAGGCUAUGCAACCAAUCUAUACAAUCCACCGGUGUUCCUCUAAACAGCCAAGGCUUUGGGGCUUAUUAUAAAAUGCAGCUAUUAUU